CCGGCCGCGUAGACAGCGGGGCAUUCUCCCUCUCCCUCCCCUCCCCUCCAGUCCGUCCUUGCCCAACUUUCCAGUGCGGCACCGGCCUCUCCCUCCUUUACAUCUCAUUCCCACCGUCACCGGCCACCACCCCCGCCGCUCCCACGCCCUCGCACCGCACCUAUAUCUCGCCCUCCUCCUUCCCCCCUCUUCCCACCCACCAUUCGCCUGCGCUCUCCGCUGCCUCCCGCCGCCGCCUCCCCCCGGUCUUCUCGCUUCAGAUCAGUUAAAGUAAAUGGCUGACGCGGAGGACAUUCAGCCCCUUGUCUGCGACAAUGGAACUGGAAUGGUCAAGGCUGGCUUUGCCGGAGACGAUGCUCCACGUGCCGUUUUCCCUAGUAUUGUUGGCCGCCCACGCCACACUGGUGUUAUGGUAGGGAUGGGGCAGAAGGAUGCUUAUGUUGGUGAUGAGGCCCAAUCCAAGAGGGGUAUCCUGACUUUGAAGUACCCCAUUGAGCACGGAAUUGUAAGCAACUGGGAUGACAUGGAGAAGAUUUGGCAUCACACCUUCUACAAUGAGCUCCGUGUAGCACCUGAAGAGCACCCUGUUCUUCUUACAGAGGCUCCUCUUAACCCUAAGGCCAACAGGGAGAAGAUGACACAGAUCAUGUUUGAGACAUUCAGUGUUCCUGCCAUGUAUGUCGCUAUUCAAGCCGUCCUUUCUCUAUAUGCUAGUGGGCGUACCACUGGUAUUGUCUUGGAUUCUGGAGAUGGUGUCAGUCACACAGUCCCAAUCUAUGAGGGUUAUGCCCUUCCACACGCUAUUCUACGUCUUGAUCUUGCCGGUAGGGAUCUCACCGAUUCCCUCAUGAAGAUCCUGACUGAGAGGGGUUACUCUUUCACAACCACUGCCGAGCGGGAAAUUGUGCGUGACAUCAAGGAGAAGCUUGCAUAUGUUGCCCUCGACUACGAGCAGGAGCUUGAGACCGCGAAGAGUAGCUCAUCAGUUGAGAAGAGCUAUGAGCUGCCUGAUGGUCAAGUGAUCACCAUAGGCGCAGAGCGCUUCAGAUGCCCAGAGGUCCUCUUCCAGCCUUCCAUCAUCGGCAUGGAAGCUCCUGGCAUCCACGAGACGACCUACAAUUCCAUCAUGAAGUGCGAUGUGGAUAUCAGGAAGGACCUGUACGGUAACAUUGUCCUCAGUGGUGGGUCUACCAUGUUCCCUGGCAUCGCCGACCGUAUGAGCAAGGAGAUCACAGCGCUUGCCCCAAGCAGCAUGAAGAUCAAGGUCGUCGCUCCACCGGAGAGGAAGUACAGUGUCUGGAUUGGAGGGUCUAUCCUUGCAUCUCUGAGCACAUUCCAGCAGAUGUGGAUCUCCAGGGCAGAGUACGAAGAAUCUGGCCCAGCCAUCGUCCACAGGAAGUGCUUCUAGACAGUUGUCGUCAGACCUAUUCUCAAUGCAUACCCUUGUCUAGUAGCAUUAUUAGGUGGUGGUUUUGUUGGACAAAUGUUGGGCCGAUGGCCCUCGUCUAUGGGUGUAUCUACUCUAUUAUGUGUGUAGUCUGAUUUGAUGGAUUUAUUAUUGGAUUCUACAACUUCA